AUGGAUAACCCAAAGUUGCAAAAACUUCCUGUCAUCAACUUCGGCAAGGAGAAUUUGCAGCAUGGCACAAAAGGCUGGUCCUUGGCACGCAACGAAGUCCGCCACGCUCUUCAAGAGUGUGGUUGCUUUCUUGCCGUGUAUGAUGCAGUUUCUUUCAAGUUGAGGGAUUCAGUAUUUUCUGCGCUAGAAAAACUGUUCGAUCUUCCCGUGGAAACAAAAAAGAAGAACACUUCUGAUAGGGAUUUAUUUGGUUAUUUUAGCAUUGACGGUGACUCAUCUAAUCAUGAGAGUAUGGGAAUCGAAAAUUCAACCGACAUAGAAGAAGUCAAGAAAUUAUCUAAGCUCGUGUGGCCCCAAGGAAAUGAUGACAAUUUCAGGUACAACUUGAUUUAUCCUCAUCUUAUCAAUUCUUACUAG